CGAGCUGUUCAAGACUCAAAGAAAACGCGAAAAUUCUCAUUAUUAGCCGACCUCCUGCCUGGAGCAGAGAUCCCCCCAAUAUUCCGCCUAACUUUCUCGUAAUCCUCUUUCCCUAGUGAAUACGAACCUGCGAAGUGGCAAGGAUCUCUCGCCUCGAGCCUUCCUACGCUUCCUCUCCACUAUUAAUACAGCAUUGUCGCUAUCAACCCUGAUUCACUCUCCGAGACUUGCUUAACGUAUUCUAGGAGUUUCUACUCCAUCCGCGCAUCGAUAUACCUAGUUUUUCUCCAUAUUACCGACCCAAAGGAACACACACAGACUGAGAGGAUGGCUGCCGCAGUCGCAGGAAAUGUUGUUGCUCCUGUAGCAGAUGAGAACAUCCCUCCAAAUGGAGUGGAAUCUGAGAUUAAGAAGGAUGAAGAGAUCACAGUUUUCCACGACCCAAAUAAUUUCAAUGUGAAGCAUCCCCUUAUGAAUGAGUGGACACUCUGGUUCACCAAACCACCAAGUGGCAAGGGUGAUAACUGGAACGAUCUUUUGAAGGAGGUUGUAACAUUUAACUCUGUCGAGGAAUUCUGGGGAGUCUAUAACAACAUAACACCAACCUCCGAACUUGGUCUAAAAGCCGAUUACCACCUUUUCAAGAAGGGCGUCCGACCAGAAUGGGAGGACCAGCAGAACAAGCAUGGCGGCAAAUGGUCUUUUCAGUUCAAAGAUAAGCGCAGUGUCCCUAUCGAUGAACUUUGGCUCCACUCUCAACUUGCCGCUAUUGGCGAGACGCUUGAGAACGAUGGCGACAACGAAGUUAUGGGUGUUGUGGUGAAUGUGCGCAAAGGCUUCUACCGUAUUGGUCUUUGGACAAGAACUGUUGGCAAGUUAAUUCCGGGUUCUGAUGGUCGUUCCGCUGAGAAGAGUCAAGAAAUUUUGAAGGCAAUUGGACGACGAUUCAAGGAGGUAUUGAGAUUGAAAGACACAGAUCAGUUGGAAUUUUCUGGCCAUACCGAUAGCGCCCAAUCGGGAAGUACGAGAGCCAAAGCGAAGUUUGUGGUUUGAAAGGAGAUUAAUAUCAAGUUUAAAGAUUCCAAGGGGAGAACUGGAAAGAAAGGGUUGAUUUCUGGGCGCUUCAUUAUGCUUUUUCUGUUCAUUGACCACCGUUAUGACAUACGGGACACAGAGUUUACCCAGGGAUGAGUUAUGUUAUCUAACGAUGCGAAAUAUUGGGGUCUCGCAGAUAUGCCGACUCCGCUCAUA